AUGAUUACCAGAGGAAAGGCCGGAGUGUUCAAACCAAAGGUAUAUGCAAGGCACUCAACUGAAUAUAAUCCUGGAAGCACAGAACCAAAAAAUGUCACCGAGGCCCUAAUGAAUGCAGAUUGGAGGGAAGCUAUGGAAGAAGAGUUCAAAGCACUGGUAAAAAAUAAAACUUGGAAACUUGUACCUCCAUCACCAUCUUACAACAUAGUUGGAAACAAGUGGGUUUUCAAGGUGAAACAUAACUCAGAUGGUCCAGUCAUCAAACCAUCCACUCCAAGAAUUAUCCUUACCUUUGCAGUGUCUAAAGGAUGGAACAUCAGGCAAGUGGAUAUCAACAAUGCCUUCUUGAAUGGAGAACUUGAAGAGUACGACAAGCUGAAAACCACACUAGUAAGCUGGAAAUUCAAGCAAUCAAGAGCUGAUACAUCGUUGUUCUACUUCAAGAAUGAAACUCAUAUUAUAUUUGCUCUUAUCUAUGUUGAUGACAUAGUGAUAACUGGGAAUGACAAAGAGUUGUUGCAAAGGUUUAUAGAUGAACUAAACAAAAAGUUUGUACUCAAAGACAUGGGACAGCUCCACCAUUUCCUAGGAAUUGAAAUGUGUUGGCAUGAAUCGAGUAUUCAUCUUACACAACCAAGGUACAUUGCUGAAUUACUCAAGAAAUUUGAGCUCCAAAAUGUAAAGCCUUUUCCUACUCCCGUCAUCACUAACAAAACUAUAUCUAAAACUGAUGGAGAAGCUAUGCAAGAUCCUUCAAUUUAUAGAAGUGCAGUAGGACUCCAAUAUCUCUCACACACAAGACCAGAUAUCACCUUUACUGUAAAUAAACUGAGCCAAUUUUUACAGUCACCAACAUCAACACAUUGGCAAGCAUUGAAAAGAGUCCUAAGAUAUCUGAAAGGAACCAUGAAUCAAGGGUUGUGGAUACAAAACAAUGACAACCUAACGUUGAAUGGAUACUCAGAUGCACACUGGGCCUCUUGUCCGGAUGAUAGAAGAUCUACAAUUGGUUAUUGCAUCUAUUUGGGGGAUAAUUUGAUAGCCUGGUCAUCAAAGAAGCAGCAUGUAGUUGCCAGAUCAAGCACAGGGUCGGAAUAUAGAGCCCUUGCAUCUGCAGCCUCAGAAAUUGCUUGGAUUCAGUCCCGUGUAUCAUGCCUGAACAAAACACAUUGA